GUGGAGGAUUAUGAGUGCGCGCUGGUAGACGCGUUGGCGGUGCUAGGACGGGGGGAGUAUGGAUGGCGCGACGCGGAGAGCUACCCACCAAUAUUGUCACGGAUCAUCAAGGUGGCACGGUUCAUGGUGGUGCACAAGGCGCUGCGACUGGACGCCAAUGCAUCCGACAUUCUGGCCAGGAACCAAGCAAGCCAGAUGGUGGGAGAGUGGGCCGUGGUGAGCCCCAUGAAGGAGGCGGAUUACACGUUCACAGGCAAUCAGAAUGAAGGGUAA